UUUACAUCAUAGCAUCCCUCGAACUGUUUUUUUUUUUUAAAACCAUAGAAUCGGGUUGACCCAAAACUUUGUGAGUGUUAUCGGUUUGGUGGGAAACUGCGUGGAAGCUCAUCGCAUGGAUUGGUUACCUGUAAUUUUAAGGACCCGCCGUUUCUGCCUGGAAGAUUGGAUUUACUUGAAGGGACCGACAGAAUUGUGAAUUUCUUAACACCAUGUUAUGUACAAAACGGAUUGCAUCCUGUGAUUUAAAGGAACAGAUCUUGUCACACAUGUGUACCAGUCGUGCUGUUUCUGCCUGUGGAUUAUGCCAGGGGUACAUGUACGACCAUGGAGUACUCGGACGUGCUCACUGAAGUCCAGCUGUAAUUCAAAGUACCCACUUUUCCUGGUGUUUCUGCUCGAGGAAGGGCACACAUAUCUGCGGAAUCUUCAGCCACUCUCAUUGAACUUUAUCUAAUUCAAAAGAUCCAGUGUAUUUUUUUUUACCUUUCUUCAUGUGGAUUCUGCUCCGAGGAUUUAUGUUAAAAAUAUACGUACUCGUGAAGUACUCGAGGGUAGUCUCAAUUAUAAUAAUAUACCACUGAGUAGGCGAAUUCGUGUGAAGGAACCACACACAACUGGAAUUAAUGAUAUACUCAGCGAAAUAUCACUCAUGCUUGGUAAAUUUUUUUAUGGUUACGCACGGAUAAGCAAUAUUUAACCCCACAAUAUAAUACAUUGUUGCACCUUAUUAACUACGCAUGGUCAGUUGAUCAAACCGAACACGACCAGUAACCUCAACUGAAAUGCUCAGUCUUUGGAUGGUUACUCAUAUUUGAGUAUUUUGUGAAAAGCCCACACAACCCGCGAAAUGCUGAGCCAUAUGAUGGAUGAAUGAAGCCAGCUCAACCCACCCCGGGUGACCAGCAACCUCAACUGAAAUGCUCAGUCUUUGAAUGGUUACUCAUAUUUGAGCAUUUUGUGAAGAGCCCACACGGCCCGUAAAAUGCUCAACCAUAUGAUGGAUGAAUGAAGCUAGCUCAACCCACCCCGGGUGAAUGCUGUCUCAAGUCAAAUGAUAUAUACAACACUGUGUGAUUCACAACGGACCAGACAAGCUCAGUUGGUCAGAUCGAAGGGAACUGAAAUAGAUUAAGAUACUUAUGUGCUCCGAAAAUGAAGGGUCGUGGGUGUGAGUAUUUUGGGUAAGGUACACGUGUCCGUGCAGUGAAAUGCCCAACCACGGCAGAAUACAACACCAUGUCGUUAUGCAAUGUCGAAAACGGAUUAGGCCAACUCGAUUACAUGACCCGGACAUGAUAAAUGAAACGAAAGAAAAACGAAUUUCGAAUAUCAUCUACGAAACAACGACGAAGGAGUGUCGGGUUUUCGCUUGGAUUUUACAAAUACAGCGCUUCUGUACAUCCGUAGUAAACCGCCACCGCCGCCACUGUCGUAACGCAAGAGAGCGGGUGAAAGACAAACAAACAAAGGGAGAGUAAACGAUAGAGAAAGGCAGAGAGGCGGAGAGGGAGUGAAAGCUAGACGGAGAGAGAGGGAAGGCAGCCUUCAUCUUUCUUUCCUACUCCAAGUCGUCCUUCUUCCUUUUUGGCCGUUAUUUUAAGCAAAGAGAAGACAACUAAAUUUCACCAUUUCACGUCGAGCGUGUUCCGGAAUUCCCGGGUACCAUUACCAAAAAUGUACCAAGGAAUGGAAUCAGGCCAGAAACACUACGAGAAAAAAACCCCACCCAAUCAACCAUAUAUUCCAGGCUUAUCAAAAGCGCCGCCCAACAGUGCCCCAGUCAGCUGCACACUAGCAAGGGCAUCGGAGACCCUUAUUAAGGAAUACCAAUCCAAAGAGAAAAACCCUGUGCAGUGUCUUCAUGAAUAUGCAAGUCAGAGGAAAGUUAAGCUCUCCUUCCACGAAGUCGAUGUCCUUCCUUCACGAGAACACCCGCUGGCCAUCUUCGCCGUUCAGGUGGAGAUAAACAAUGUGAUGUACCCGCAGGGUGUCGGGAACACCAAGAAAGAAGCCAAGACGAAUGCUGCGAUCAAAGCUUUUGAGAUUGGCGUCUUGCAGAAAUCCAAUGGAAACGAAUGUGUCUCCCAAACCGUGACCAACAGCCAACCUUCCCUCGACCUUGGCAAAACAGCAGAAAAACACUCGGUCACUCAGCUCUAUGAGUAUGCGCUGGCAGCAGGGAAAUCCUGCGAAAUCGUCGUUGGAGACGAACGUGGUCCAAUGGGCUUCAAGGCUUGUGUGAUGUUGAACAACGAAUAUUUUGUUGAGGCGGUCGCACAAAACAAGAAAGAGGCAAAGCGGUUGGCCGGAGUGGCUGCCCUCGAAAAACUGAACAUUAGAUAUGCCCAGGAAGUGGCACCAGAAGGUAAAAGUUUGGGCCAACAGUUCACCGACCUCGUCUACAACCACCUGUACAUGUAUCUCGAACAGUAUUCAGUCUUACGUUAUCGAAGGAAGUCUGUGGCAGCCGUCAUCCUUGUGUCCGAUAAUAAACCAGAAGUAAUCUCCAUGGCGAUCGGUCACCAGUGUCUGACCCCCGGCAACCUGAGUAGCGACGGUCGAUGUUUAAUCGACAGCGAUGCAGCAGUGCUGGCAUGCAGAGCCUUUCGCAGGUACCUGUAUUUAGAACUCCAACGCUACCUGGCUGAGCCGAAUUCCCCCAUCUGUAUAUACGAAAUGUCACCCGAAAGUGGGGGUCUUUUGAAUGUAAAAAAGGACGUGACCUUUCACCUCUUCCUCAGUGACCCCCCCUCCGGUGACUAUAGUAUCUUCUUGAGCAAGCCAAGUGCACUGCUUACCCAUGAAGAUAACGAAGAAAUUGCCAGAGGAGUUCACAAACCAGCAUUUGAAGAAUCAGAUCAUGGGGCCUUGAGUUUACGGUACACAGAUGGUAGCUUGGAACACAUCAUUGAAAACACAGUGGUUCGAGAGACGAUGGACAUAACGCAGAGUCGCCAAGAGCAGCUUCAGGUGAUGUCAACCUGUGAUAAAAUCCUUAAGUGGAACGUGCUAGGGGUCCAAGGCUGUCUCCUCACCAAAAUCAUGGCACCCUUUUACUUUUCAAGCAUCACCCUUGCCAGUCAGUUUGACCACGGUCAUCUGUCCCGAGCCGUUUGCUGCCGACUCUAUGAUGAACUGAACUCGCAGUUGCCCCGCGGCUACAGCAUCAACCACCCCUGGUUGUACCAGUCGUUUAUACCACCGAUCCAUGAUCUCAGGAAUGCUGAAUCCACCGAGCUUGCUUUGAAUUGGGCCAAAGGUCAAGACAAGAUUGAACUGACCAACGGAUUGACUGGACGCAUCGUAACAGAAUCCCCGACCCAGAGUGGGGCGACCAUGUCCAGCCGACUGUGCAAAGCCGCGAUGCUGCGACGGUUCCGGCAGUACUGCGAGCAGUCGCACAUGACUGACGUCGACCCGAGCCUGUCGUACGCCGAGACGAAGCAGUCGGCCGCGGCGUACCAGGAAGCGAAGACGAAGUUUUACGAACACUGCGUGGAGUCGAGCAUUGGGGGGUGGGUCCGGAAACCCGUGGCCGUGGAUGAAUUCCUGCAGUGAAGGACACUGCACGUGCGCAUGUGUGUGUGUGUGGCUAGAGCAUGUCUGCUGACCCCCUCUCACGGAAACUGUGGCUUCCAGCACAGGGACAUCAUCACCGUUUUUAUUAUUGUUGUUUUAACAUCCAUUUUUCCAUGUACUCUUCUGACCCAUGCUUGCGUGGAAAUUCAGAGG